AUGACUCCACUUGGAGGGCUUAGUGGUUCAUCCUGCUGUUUCCCCAGACAUUUAUGCUUACUUCGAUUUCUACUCCUCGAGUGUUCAUUUAUAAUGUCUAGAUCAAAAUUCAUCAUUAAGCGAUGGUGAUCGAAGCUCUAGCUGUGUUUCUAUGACAGAGGGACCUCCUCACACUAGGUAGAUUGGAAAGUCCCACAAUUCUUCUACAACUCAUUAUGAGGCUCGCUGGACCAUUGAGCUUCCUUUCAAUUCUCUUGCUCUCAGCUACCGUCCAAGCGAAUAUACAACAAUAUCUCGACUCAGUACCAGAAUGCGGUCUUGCUUGCGUCACCUCGAUCAUACCGCACUUCAACUGCAAUAUAUCAAUCCCAUGUAUCUGUACCAACAACUCCCGCUCAUCCGCCCUCAACACUUGCGUCUCUAAAAAUUGCACAAUCAUCGAACAACUACAAAUCGUCAAUAUAACCCAUCUAGCAUGCGGAGAACCAGUUCAAUCCCGUCAAGCGCAUCUCAUCGGAACAGUCGCUCUCGGGAUCGUAGCCUUUAGUUUCGUAAACCUACGUCUCUACUCACGCUGGACCCUAGGAGGGAUAUGGAACGCAGACGACUGGAUCAUGGUGGGCGUUGAUGGAUGUCUACUCCCAUUCAUGAUAGUAGGCUGUCUCGCAGCCGCCGAAGGCUUCGGCAAAAACAUCUACAACGUCGGCACCGAAAACUUAGUAACAGCCCUCGAAGUCUUUUUCUGGGGAGAAAUAGCCUACGUGACCUUAUUAGGACUCUGCAAAACGUCUGUUCUGCUCUUCUACCUGCGCAUCUUUCCUUACACGCGCUGUCGGAUCGCUUGCUACAUCACUCUGGCCUGGGUCGGUAUCUGCACCGUCCUCUACCAAUUCUUAGUGCUAUUGCAAUGUUUACCUCUAAGCUACAACUGGGAAGGAUGGAAGCAAGACCUAGGACAUCCGGACAGAUGUCUAGACCUGAAUGCCCUAAACUACAGCUCCGCUGGAAUCAACAUCGCCCAGGAUCUCGUAAUCCUCGUAAUCCCCGUCCCAUGGCUGGUAGGCCUGAACUGCAGCCUCCGAAACAAACUGCAAAUCCUCGCCAUGUUCGGAGUAGGCAUCUUCAUCUGCCUCUGCUCCAUCAUCCGUCUGACCAAACUGCCCUCUUUUAAAGCGACCAAGAACCGACGUGGGAGUUCACCGAUCCGAUGUAUUGGACUGCUAUCGAGGUCUAUGUUGCGAUCAUCAUUCCCUCGCUGCCAGCUAUUCAAUCGCUGCUUUCGCAUCACUUUCCUGCGUUCUUUGCGAGUGAUACGCCGGUGCCGUCGUUGAGGGUUGAUCAGCAGCAUCCGUAUCAGCGGUCGAGAUCGCUGACGAAGGGGACGGGGACGGGAUCUACAGUGUCGGGAGAGAGUCGGGGGAGCGAACGGCAGGUGAGUAGCGGAGGAAAGGAAGAGUGGUUAGAAUUGGGGGAUAAAAGGCAGGGGACAGUAUCGACGGGCGUGAUGGCGGACAGAAGUUGGGGUGAUAGGAGGGAGUAGAUAUAGAAUAACGAGGGGAUAGGAAUCGUUGUUAGUACGAGUACGCACACUGUUGUUCAGACGCGAGAACAGGGUUGGCUGGAUGAUAUUGAAGUUGGAGAUGGGCGCGGAGGAAUGGAGACCUGGAAGCUGUUUGAGAGGAGUGAAAGUUGAGUGGGUUUGACAUGAAUCUUAUGCUUAUGAGCU